CCAGUCCACGAAAUGAGAGUCUGGGACGCCUGUGGUUCAAUGUUCGAUUUGAAAUUUGAUGUCAAAGGGACCAAAAGGAAUCACUGACAACUCAAUUCAAAAAUUUAAAAUUUCAAAUGAAAAGCAGAAGCAAGGUCAAGUAUUAUAAGUUGUCUGGUGAAGAUGAUGGUUAUGUAGAUGCUCAGUUUAUUAAACCUCCUCCCAAAGUUCCAUUGAAGGCCAUAUGUCUCGCUGCUGUUCUGUUUUCAGUUGGGACAAUUCUCUUGGUUGUUGGAUCUCUUUUAUUUACAGGACAUUUUAAUGUCAAGUAUGCUGACAGAACAUAUCCACUUCUUAUCCUGGGAUCACUUAUGUUUAUACCAGGUUUUUACCAUGUUCGUCUGGCUUAUUAUGCAUGGAAAGGCUAUAAAGGAUAUUCAUAUGAUGACAUUCCUGACUUUGAUUGACAUAACCGCUGCAUGUACUUACAAUAAUCAACAAUUACAAAAAUAUUUAUAGAAUAUUGCGGAAAAUACUAAAGGUACUAACACACGGUGCAACAUUGCGCGCAACAUUGCAAGCAACAAAUUUGAAUCGGGAUAACACACAUUGCAACAAAAUCACGCAACAUCGCUUGUGUCUGCUAGGUUAUUAAGAUAUUUGGUCAGCAG